AUGAUGACAGCCUCGGCAGAUAGCUCUGAUAAUUAUGAAAAGUGGCAGAUGGAAUUGAGCCAGACUUACAGUAGCUCUGGCUUGGACUAUUCAGAAGAUACUUUUGAGCCCUUCAGCGAGGAGGAAGAAGCCUGCUGGCAGCAAGAGAGCGAACCAUCUGAAUCGUAUUGUUCCACAGAGAAUUUAGAGGGGCCUGCUGUGUCAGAUAUGUUGGAAAGCAUGUCACAGUUGGCAGGCCAAAAUCAUGCAGAUGAGCAGUCUGAAGUAGUGGAUUCUGCAGCUAUAGAAAGAGAUGUCAUAGGAAAAGGGGGUGAUCUAAAAAAUAAAGAAGCUGGCAUUAAGCAAGACAAAUCUGUCAUCAAAACUCAUGCUGUAAUUCUUCUCUUUCCCUGUUACAGUAAUUGACACUUCUGUUUUGUUGAUUUAUGCCUGACAGAAAUUACUGAAUUAUUAGAUGGAGAACUGGAUGCUCUCCAGUCUUUUUGCACUGUUAAGAUAAGCAAGAUGCAUCAGCAGCUGAUCUCUAAGCAGGCAAAUGGUGGCAAGUCAGCAAAGCUGCAGCAUGGAUUCACAGCAAAGAAAAUGGAGACAAGUGACUUGAACUGCAUUAUUCCUGAUUGGCUAAUGAACAGAAUCCGCCUGAAAAAUAUCAGAGAGACUGUUAAACAGGUGACAGAAGCUCAAAUCCACCAAUCUUCAGUGUGCCCUGACUGUUGGAAGAAGGAAGCAGAGCUAGCCAAGAUUACCUUUCUCAGACGAAAGAAGAUUCUAAUGGAAAGUGCUUUAAUCCAAGAGAAAUUGGAAGAACAGAUUUACUCCAGAGAUGUGCUUACACUUAUAGGAGAAGCACUCAGAAGCUUUCCCAAACCUUCAGAGGAUCCCAAGAACUUAUGGCAAAAGCUGAAAGGGGGAGGCGGCUCCCGUAAAUCGUCUCCUAAGCACCUUUCGGAAAUUAAUCUGCGGCUGACGGCACCGCGCUGUCGCCACGACCAGCCUGAGGGGAGGGAGAGGGGAGGGAGGCGCCCCCCCUCAGUGCGCAUGCGUGAGGGCGGGCUGCGGGAGCGGCCGGCAGGGGGCGGUAGGGGAGCUACGCGCCGCCCACGCAUGCGCCUUGCGCGCCCCCUCCAUGGCGGCAGCUCUCCGGUAUCCCCGAGCCCUCACGGACGGCACCGACCGCGGCGAGGCCUCGCGGGCCGCUUCGGAGACGCUGCGGGGCGCCGACGGCGCGGGUGGGGGGGUGGGAGGAGGCUGCGUUGCCCGUCCGUGAGCACCGGCGAGCGGCGGAGCGUUACCGGCUUCCGCAGAACGCGGUAA